AUGUUGCUGACGCUGCAACUAACGCAUUUGAGCAAACUCGUUCACAUCAUAGUUGGACAAUACUUUGCAACACUUUCCUCUGUGUUGAUCGUGCAUAAUGUGAGCCAAGAAGCGUCGCCACUUCAACUGGAAUAUCUCGAUGCAUUGCAAGCCUCUUUACAUAAUCUUAGUCGACCACUGAAGCUGCAGUGGAUCAAUGUGGCCAAGUUACCCGUUGGCCAGGAUACCCUUGAGGGGCAAAUACUUCGCACUGUCAACGCGAGCGUUACUGAAGGUUUUAUUACGGUCUUGCCAGAGACGCGGCAAUUUCUGCACGCUCGCUAUUUUGCCACACGCAAUGCGAAUGUGCGACUUAAGGAUAAAAUGUAUCUGUUUCUGUGCGAGCAUGAAAAUCCCAAGGAUUUGCUAAGCUCAGAACUAUUGCAAUUCUACCCACACCAUCUGCUGGUGCGGCCACAACAACAAACCCAGACAAAUAGAGACGACGUAGAGGAAUCUAGAGGAGAGGCAGAAGCAGCUUUACCACACCGCGACAUCAAUUUCGAGCUGUGGACACAAAAGUUUGUCGGUGCCAGUGGAAAUUUGGAUGGCAUACUCUUGGACGCAUUCUUGCCGAACGAAACUUUUGCCAACCGAGUCGAACUUUAUCCCAACAAGCUGCUCAAUCUGGAGAGGCGCUCGCUUCGCUUGGGCUCCAUUACUUAUGUGCCAUACACAGUUACUAAUUAUGUGGCAGCUGGCGACGGAAACGAGGAUCCAAUUAACUCGCAUAAGGCAAAUCGCUCGAUUGCCUUCGACGGAGCCGAGGCGAAUAUUAUGAAGACCUUUUGUAAGGUGCACAAUUGUCACUUGCGUGUCGAGGCCUAUGGCGCUGAUAACUGGGGCAGCAUCUAUGAGAAUGAGAGUGCCGAUGGCAUGUUGGGCGAUAUUUACAAACAGCGCGUCGAAUUGGCCAUUGGCUGCAUUUACAAUUGGUACGAUGGCAUCACAGAGACCUCACAUCCCAUUGCAAGAUCUGCUGUAACUAUUCUAGGGCCAGCGCCAGUUCCCUUGCCUGCUUGGUGCACUGAUAUUCUGCCUUUUAAUGGCUCUAGUUGGUUGCUGCUGGUUUCUACAAUCUUUGCCUGCAGCUUGGUUUUGUAUGUGCUGAGAUAUUCAAACUAUUUUUUUGGUUACAACAAAGUGCAGCAAGCUUUUAUGCAUGUACAGAAUCUGCAAAAGUCAAUACUGGAUAUAUUUGCACUCUUCAUACAACAGCCAUCGGCGCCCUUGACCUUUGAUCGCUUUGCCACACGCUUCUUUUUGGCAACUUUGCUGUGUGCCACAAUCACGUUGGAGAACAUUUACAGUGGACAAUUAAAGUCCUUGCUCACAGUGCCUUUUCAUGGCGAUCCUGUGGACACGAUUGAAAAGUGGUCGCAAACCAAAUGGAAAUGGGCAGCACCCUCGAUUAUUUGGGUGCACACAGUGGAGCAAUCGGAUCUACUCAUUGAUCAAAUACUCGCAAGUAUCUUUGAAGUCAGAGAUUAUAGUUUCAUGUAUAAUGCCAGCUUUUAUCCGAAUUAUGGAUUGGGUGUGGAACGCAUGAGUUCAGGCAGCUUUAACUUUGGCAAUUAUGUAACGUUGGCAGCUCUAGAAGAUCGCAUUGUGCUGCGUGAUGAUCUUUAUUUUGAUUGGACGCGAGCUGUUUCUAUACGCGGCUGGACUUUGAUGGAGCAGCUGAAUAAACACAUACGCACCUGUCAGGAAACAGGACUCUAUAUGCACUGGGAACUCGAGUUCGUGGCCAAGUAUCUGGACAAAAAAAUUGUGCAGAUGCUGUACAAUCUGGUGAAUGGCUUUGUCUCGAAGAAGGCACCGAAGCCACUCGUUGUAGAUGACAUUUCCGGUGCACUGUUUGUGCUGGCCUUUGGCUUCAGCAUUGCCGGCGUUGCACUGUUCCUCGAGCUGCUAUACAACAAGCGAUGGCAAUGCAUGCAACUACAACGAGAACGAAAACGACGAGGACGCAACUAA